UGCUUUUCUUCUCCCUUCGCCCCUUGGUCCGCCUCGCUUCGUCUCGUGCCGCCUCCUGUUUCCACGAGCUGGGGUUUUAGUUUUAGCGGCGCAAAGAGGGGGGAAGAGAGCCAGCGAGAGACACAGACGGAAAGGAGGAGAUGAGCCGGAGCCUAGGGAUCCCGGUGAAGCUGCUCCAUGAGGCAGCGGGUCAUGUGGUGACGGUGGAGCUCAAGACCGGCGAAGUGUACCGGGGGGCCAUGGUCGAGUGCGAGGAUAACUGGAAUUGCCAGCUCGAAAACAUCACCUUCACCGCCAAGGAUGGGAAGGUGUCGCAGCUGGAGCACGUCUUCAUCAGAGGAAGCAGAGUGAGAUUUAUGAUUAUACCUGAUAUGCUUAAGAACGCUCCUAUGUUCAAGCGCUUGGAAGCGAGGAUUAGGGGCAAAGGAUCGGCUAUUGGAGUUGGCCGUGGACGUGCUGUUGCAAUGCGUGCUCGGGCUGCUGCUGGUCGUGGUGGUGGUCCUGUUGGCCGAGGCAGCGCACCUCCUGUGAGGAGGUAGAUUCUUCAUGGCGUCAUGCGGCUUUUCUCGUUUGUCUGAGGAAUGAGGAUGUUGCUGUCGAUGUCAGAACGCUGUCUCGUAGUCAAAACUGUCCUAAUGUACAAUUCAACGGCUUAAGGAGGAUGCAACCUGUUGUUAUUGAAUCUGAUGUAUUGACGGUGGUUGGUAGCUUGCAUGCAGUCUUUUCCUAGCUCGAUUUGGAUGGCUGGACCAAUAAAUGUCAUGUAUUCUCGUCAAGAAAUUAGCUUUUGUUUUAGUCCUGCAGUAUUUUUGUAGAUGCUUUGAUCUGUCAGAACAAUACAUUUACCUGAGUCCUGAGUAUGUCUUCU